UUUUCUUGCUUCACUGAGAAAAGGCUCUUUACAGUGGAUAGAAGACGUGUGCGCUGCCUGUGUUCAACAUUACAAGUUUGUGCGUCGUCGAGUAAACUGCUUUUCGCGCCGAAGGAUUACUUAUACCUAGUAUCCGAAGCCAGCAAGAUGACGACAGCAAGCGUCUUGCUUACUGUAUCGACGAAUUGGGGCGCCAAUGAUCAUUGUGAAAAAGACGGGAUUGUACGAAAAGUGAGGAAUACGGCUGAAAUAGCUGCGCGUGAGCUUAGAGAGUCUCCAGCUACGAAGGAACAGGCUCUCCUUAAUAUGAGGGAAUGGAUUCAGAAGAAUCCAGAUAUAAGAAACGUAAGACAAGAUGAUACGUUUUUAUUACGAUUCCUCCGACACAAGAAGUUCAGCGUGCCAAUGGCUCAGCAGACACUACUUAAGUAUUUAAACCUCCGAAAAUUCUACAGCAACUGUAUGGUAAACCUGGACUGUCAAGAUCCGAACCUGAAGGAAAUUAUAAGCAGCGGGUACAUUGCAGUUUCACCAGUUCGUGACAGCUUGGGUCGGAGGGUCAUAGUGUAUAAUAUGAGUAAAUUCAAUAUAAGCAAGUUCACAUGCUGGGAUAUGGUACGCGCGCAUGCUGUGAUCUACGAGACAUUGAUGGAAGACCAGACGGACCAGAUCCAUGGCUUCGUGCACGUUGGCGAUGGUAUGGGAUCCAGUAAGACACACGUCACGGCUUGGAACCCUAUAGACUUCGCUCGGCUCAUUAAGUGGGGAGAGCAAUCCUUCCCAAUGCGCCACAAAGGUUUCCAGCUGUUCAAUGUCCCAUCGGCUCUUAAAUACAUUAUUGAUUUUGCUGCGAGCAAAGUAUCUCCUAAAAUAGGCGAGCGUUUACGUCUCCAUUCAACAAGCAAGACUCUAUACAAAGAAAUGGAUAUCUCUUGUCUGCCAACAAAAUUCGGCGGCAAGAUCCCUCUACAAGAAAUGAUUGACUUCACUCAUAAACUCCUUGAAGAGAAACGGCAAGUUCUUCUUGACCUCGACGACAUGGAGAUCUUAAGUACAAGAGGAAUUUUGUCUUCAAGAAAUACCAGUUCAUCCCCUGAAGGAUCUGUAGAAGGCAGUUUUAGGAAGUUAGAGAUUGAUUAAGGGCAUUUAUAUAUUAAUUUUGGUUAAGAUUUGAGGUUUAGUUUUGAGGCAGGGCUAAUGUAGGAAUCUGACGAGUUCUACAUUAUAUAGUCUUGUUGUAAUUUAGUAGUAAGUAGCCUCCAUGAUUACACGUAGUUUUAAUCGUUCGUUUAAUAUUUUAAAAAUCGUUGCGUCUCGAAGUACUUGUGUGUUUGUGGACACAAAUGAAGGGUGUUUAAGGUGACUUAGACAGUGAUAGAUUGAUUUAAAAAAAAUUAACGCUGGAAUACUGAUGAAAUCAAUUAGAAAAAAAAAUGUAUUCUCAGUUUUAAAACCCCAAAUGAGGAGGGUCAAAAUUUAUUAUAUUUGCACUGUUGUCGUUAUCUUGGCACAAAAGCUUAAAAUUGAAAUCAAAAUAUGCUAUUGAAGUUCUACAGUACGUUCGUUGUGACUUGUGACGUCCGAACUUUCCGACAAAAUAUUAUCAAUAUUAUUUUUUUAUAUAGAAGUUGCCUAAUUCAAUCAAAUUUUCUGAAAAUGACGAUGAUGAUUUAAAUUUUUAUUUCCAUUCAAAAGACAUGGUGACCAACAAAUAUUGUAUAUUUGUCCUAUAGGGCUAUUUGUGUACACCAACAUUUUAAGUAGUUCUCCAAACGAGAUCAACUUAACAAUAAAUCUUAGUAAAUUUUAUGUUCAAAUAAAAAAGUUGUGAUUUUAUUUUUACUUUUCGUGAAUAGUAGGAGUCGUAAAUGUAAAUUAAUGUAACUGUAUAUUAAAUCAAGAAUAUAUUUCGCCGCUUUAAUACAUUAACUGGUACUGUUGUAUCGCAGUUAUUGUUAUUUAAAUAAAUAAAAUAGGUACACUAUUUUUAUGGGCUUUAUCAAAUGUCGAAGUUCAAAUGAAUUUAUUAACAUUACCUCCGUAGUUGUUUAGGGUGUUAACAGGCUUCCAGAAAAUUACAGGUGGCGCCAUUGCGAAGAUAGCAGGCCGCUUGUUGGAAUAUAAAUAAAAGAAAAACAUGUAGCCAUUAUGUGUAUGUUUAAAAAAGCCUCCUGAGGGAAUUAGAUUAGUUAUUCAUGGAAGAGGUCUAGUUGGUUGAGACUUUAAGUGUUUAUUUAAGGAAAUGUAAGCUCCCUUGCCUUAUAUAAAGUGAUGUAUAAAUAAAUGUUAGAAACUCU